GUCAACAGUGCUCUGCUAGGUUGUUUUGAUUUUUGAAAGAGACCGGUGGAGGCUUGUGUAGCGUAGUGCCGGUUCGCUGGAAGUUAGGUAUCCCGGGUCGCCAGCACACAGGACGUUUGAAAACACCCCCUGCCGCGGCGAGUUAAAUGGGUGCUGGUCCGAGCGCGGAAGGCGAAAGGGAACCACUUCUAGACCAAGUGCAGAGCCGAGUGUACGGGAAAAGAUGGCUGGUGCUGGCGAUCUUUUCUGCCUUGGGGUUUAUGCAGGGCAUGGUGUGGAACACCUGGGGUCCCAUCCAGAUCUCCGCCAAGCAGGUGUACGGGUUCACUGGCAUUGACAUUGCCAUGCUGGUCCUGUGGGGCUCCAUCGGAUUCAUCCCCUGGAUGCUUUUCAUGUGGGUGAUGGACAAGAGAGGCCUCCGGAUGUCCUUGCUGAUUUCCUCCUCCCUCAUGUUACUGGGGACGGCUGUGAGGAGCAUUCCACUGCAUGACCUGUCUGUGAAGAAAUGGUUAAUUCAUGGAGGUCAACUGCUGAAUGGGUUAGCUGGUCCGACUAUCAUGAGUGCCCCCCCUCUCCUCUCCACUACAUGGUUCGCCCCAGAUCAAAGGGCAACUGCCACUGCUGUUGCUUCUCUGGUCAGCUACCUGGGAUCUGCAGGCUCAUUUCUGAUUGGACCGCUGGUAGUACCAGCACCCAAUGAGACGCAACCGCUGCGAAGCGUGAUCGGCAGAACCAACGACCACAUAAGGGACCGUAUCCAGAUUGUACUCUAUGCAGAGUUCGCCAUGACCGCGGUGCUCUUCUCUGCUGUGGUGCUCUAUUUCCCAUCCCGGCCUCCCCUGCCUCCCAGUGUAGCCGCGGCCAGCCAGAGACUGGGCUACAGAAGCAGCAUCUGCCGACUCCUCAGCAACGUGCGCUUUCUGAUGAUUGCCUUGGCUUAUUCGGUGCCGACUGGAGUGGUGUCGGGAUGGUCAGGAGUGCUUGACAUGGUCUUGACCCCUGCUAAAGUGAGCCAGGUGGACGCAGGCUGGAUUGGCUUUUGGUCGAUUGUCGGAGGCUGUGUUGUUGGUGUAGCGAUGGCAAGGUUCGCGGACUCCAUCAGAGGCAUGCUGAAGCUCAUACUGCUGCUGAUGCUGGCUGGGGCCACGCUGGCCUCUGUGUGGUUCACCCUGACCUGCCUCACCAGCAUCACACACCUCCCCUCCACAGCAGCUACUUUGUAUACCUCCUGUAUUCUUGUGGGAAUAUUCAUUAACAGCAGCGUGCCAAUAUUCUUCGAGCUCCUCAUGGAGACGGUGUACCCUGUCCCCGAGGGCAUCACCUGUGGCUUAGUCACUUUCUUAACCAACCUCUUCAUGGGAAUAUUGAUGUUCAUCUUGACGGUGUACUCCAAAGACUUGUCUUGGCUGAACUGGUGUCUGACGGGGUCCUGUGUUUUCAGCCUCCUCCUCAUACUGUUCUUCAGGGAAUCGUAUGACCGUCUGUAUUUGGAUGUCUUUGUCUCUGUUUAGUGGAUGGCAGAGUGCACAUUUUAAAAAAGGACUGCAGAUUUUUAAUUUCAAACUUUUACCCUGGAUUGCACAUUGAAGAUGCAAGAAGUAGACCGAGAAAAUCCCUUUUACUAAACAGAAUUUUAUCUAUAUAAUAUAUAAUAUCUAUAUAAUGUUUUUCUAGGUUUGCAUUGCUAAAAAUGUUAACAGUUUUGUUUUUUAAUUUAGAGGUGUUUGACAUCAGAAGCUUACCUGGAAAAUACAAUGUUUACACUUUCAUUUAUAUCAUGUGUAAAUGUGUGGAAAUAGUUGUUACCGAUGCUUCAUAACUUCUUAAUUGCUUCUUUGGUGAAUAACGGAAUACGUUUUUUAAAAAACACUAACACUGUAAACUUCUUCACUUUGACAUAAGGGAUCUGGCAAGUUGUUUGCACUUUUUUUAUUUACAGGAAAAUGACUUGGAAAAAAGAAGGUUUUUCAAGUCCACCCACACUCACUGUGUGUUUCAUUGUGAUGCGGAAGGUUAUCAUUCAUACAUGAUAACGGUGCCACAGUGGCAAAUAAAUUGCUGGGUUUUUAGUGGUGAACCAUACUGUACAUAGGAGGAAGCGACUGUUUAUUGUGAUGCUCUCAGUUUUGCCUUUAAAUGAAUCAUGAAAUUGCAUUUAUAAGAGCAAAGAUGAUUUUUUGCCAUUUAGAAAACUGGAUGUCUUAAACCUGCUUUCCCCACCUGAAGACUUUAUUUCAGUAAUACGAAUAGUUCUUUUAUAUCACUCUUUCUGUUUUUGCACAGUCUUGGUAAUCCAUUGAUAUACAAACCACUCUUUGACAAGUUCCACUGCUGUACGUUUUCAAUCGGUGAGUGGAGUCAGGAGACCCACUGCAGGAGGUAGGGGUUAGAUUCUUAAAAAUUCAGAUAUCACAGAUCUGUCAGCUCUUGUUUUUUCUGCAGUCUGUGUAUUGAGAUGUAGCACAAAGCACAGAUUUCACAGUGAGAUUUUUGGAAAAAAUCAGGGCAGUGACAAUGGUUAGAUACAGUUGGGUUGCAAGAUGCAAAGUGAAUGGUUGUUGAUUGGAAUUCCAGUAUAAUUAAAUUCAAAACCUGUGAAAGCUUUGAGAUUCAUAUCUAGGUUUUCUGACAACAUCUGUGAUGCUGUUUAAAACCUAGAGGUGCAUUUUACAGUUUACUUUCUGAUGUCAGUUUCCAGUGAAAAUAGGGAAAAAAAUAGGACUGAAAAGGUUAGUUUUGUUGGAUUCUUAAAAACCAGUGUACUUUACGUAAAAUGACUACCUCUCUUCAGAGCCCAUUGGUCUCCAUAUCCUUUAAAGAAGGUGAGUGAGAUGGGUCUUUUACAUUCUCAUGAACAGUGUCAGAAUGUAAUACAUUGCAUAUACCAGCAGAGGGUUCUGCUCUGAAAAUAUGCCAUAUAUUUGUCAGCUGCAUUAAAAUUACUUGUUUUGAGAUCAGAGAAAAGUUACUGUGUAUUGCAUCCAUAGGCAUUAACAUCUGCUUUAGCUGUCAUAAUACUGAUUUGGAGCUGAUCAAACUUAAUUUUUAAGUGUAUGUGUAUUAACUUGAGUUCUACCUCCACUAAAUUCACACAGUUAAGAGUUUAUGUAUACAUGCAGAUAUCACAGACACAAUCUUUAGAUUGCACAUGCAUGUUAUGUCACAGGCAGAAUAAUAAAAGACAUUGUGUAUUUCAGAAACAGAACAUGUGAAGCCACUACAGUUUGCAGUAGAUUAAAUCCAAGCUGGCAGGGAUAUUGAGGACAAAGGUCCUUUGCAAUUGAUAGGAGCUGCCUUGGCAGAUACAGCAAAUAGUUGAUGCUGACAAUGUCAAAUGAUUUAAUGGUGCCGGAUCUAUUCCUGACUUGCACUCUAGUCUCAAAAGUGAACUGUUUAGUUGAUUAACAGCUGGAGCCAUAGAAAUUUAUCCCCUGGGCUGCCUUGUUCUGUCAGAGAAGAUCAUUUAAAAGGCAGAUUCAUUCAUUGCCCUCAGAUAUCAUUGUGAGUUACAGUUCAGUAGUGCUAAAGACAAUUGUGAAAGAUUUUGAAUUAUAGUUUUCAUCCCAGAGUUUCCAAAUGCAUGACUUUUUUUGAAUUGCAUAUGUGCAGAUUUCAUAUGUUGUAGGAUUAAAUUAUUUUGCCUUAA